GUAAGUUAGUAAGUAGUGUUAUCCCGUUGACGUGAAAGAAGCCGGGGAUCAACAACACAGCCUCAACAUUGACAAGACGGGAGUGUCAAGAUACUGAGAAAUGUCAAUCUUUUAGGUAGUACACACAUAUGGUGAUGAUAAUGAUCAAUGAUAAUGAUAAUGGAAGUGUAUAGCGUUUCCUAGUCACGAUGGACUCUGGAUGUGUGUCCCUGCUGGUGCCCAAACAGCUGCAGGGGCACAAAGACGCCUUCCUCAGAGGGACCUUCGCCUCCUCAGCAAGUGCCGAGCAGAACAGAACAGCGUAUGUCAUUGUGGUCACCCGGACAGAUGUUUCUUGUGAUGCCAGUGUGGGAUACAUCAGCAACAAACCAAACAUGAAGUCUGAUCCACGUACCAGCAGUGUUUGGGUCACCCUGAGGACACACAGCCAUGUAUCCCUCACCUCCCUCAAGAUCCUUGGCCAGCCUGUCCCCCUCAGUGAAGUGAAUCUCGUGUUCUAUGACUUGAAUGAAAUCUGUCAGUCGGAGCUGAUCAGCAGAAAGUAUCCAUAUGUGAAGGAGAAGGACCAUGCUAAUGACGUGGUGCCAUACUUUAUCCACUGUGUGCAGAGUGAUGCCAAAGAGCAUCACCCAAAGAGGAGAAAUGAACUACUCUUGCUGCUGCUCUGGGCAGUAGUGAGGCUCUUCCUUGCAGUGUCGUGGAUGCCCAAGAUUCUCUUUGAGGCCUUCCAUUCCUUUCUCAGGAAUCAUCUUGACUACUCCAGCAGUUUCCUGCAGCAAAUCCUCCUCCGUAUCUGUCAAAUCAAAAAGAUCCAGGAUGAUGUCAGAGCCGGCAAAAGUAGUCUUCUGUGUGGCCGGCUGCUCACCAUGAUUGCCAUUGAUGUCCUGGCAGGAGUGUGUGUGGCCUGCAUCAUCAGCAGCUAUGCCUCUGUGGGAGACAUGUACUCCUCCUUCUGUAGCUGGACAAAGUUACUGGCAGCCACUGUGCACCGCCUGCUGGACUGGCUGAGUGGUGCUCCGGCUGGCCUCAAGCUCAAUCAGCCCCUCACGCAGGCACUCUCGGCUUUCUUCUCUUACCAUGUCCACCUCUGGAUACUCUACCUUGAGCUGGCAGACCCAGUGCUUCGUGGUGUGGCGUGGGUGCUGGUGUGGGUGGGCAUGUGUGGUGCCUCAGUGCAGGUGGCCAUCCUCUCUGACCUGCUUGAUCUGGCCACACUCCAUCUUCACUGCUUCUACAUUUAUGGGGCCAGACUGUACAACUUGCAGACAUCUCUGUUGGGGUCCCAGUGGCGGGCAUUCCGUGGCCGCAAGUGGAACCCCCUGAAGCAGCGUGUGGACACUUAUGAUGCAGGCGGUGCCAUCUCCCUGCGGCGGGUGCUGACAGCCGUGGUGUUCACCCUAGUGGUCUUCCUGCUGCCCACCACCACCAUAUACUACUUAGUGUUUGUUCUGCUGAGGAUUAGCCUGAAGCUGGCACGUGGGUUGUUGGCUGGCAUUGUGUGGGCACUCAACAUCAACCCACUGUAUCUUGUCCUCCUCAACAUUAGUGGUUCCAACAGAGUGAAGGGAGACAUCUACUUCUCGACACUGACAGACCAGCAGCAGGGUGAGGCUGUUGAGGGAAAUUGUGAAGGACCUCUUCUCCUCAGUCUGUGUACUUGGCCUUCUUCCCUUAGCCACAUCCUGACUGAUGCCAGUCCAAACACCUUCCCCUCUCGGCCAUCACCCAACUGGAGCUUCAUUUUAUCCAGCAUCAUGUUUGGGGAGCAUUUGUUAUGAAAUCUUGUGUGUGGCUGGUACAGGAAUUCCUGGUACUACCAUGUCUUUCCAGUUGUAGAUAAUUAAGAUCUUAUUCAAAAUUCAUUCACUAAUUUGCAAGAGUCGGAGAUUGUUGGGGCCAGAGAGUCUCGCCAGGAAAGCAAGCACCACCUGGGGAUUGAACCCGAGACAUUUCACCUUUCAGGCAGUGGUGACGGCACUGCUGCUUGUGACACCACAGUGCCCUCUGUGAUGAGGGUGUGAAUGUUAUAGAAGCUGAAGAGGGGAUGUCAAGACACCUUGGGUCAAUACAAGAAGAGCUGCCUGACCUGGGGACAUUUCUAAUUCCCUCCCUAGAUGGAGACUCUGAGGCAGAUUUUGUUACCAUUUUUUAUUUAGAAUUUUAAGUGAAAGGUGUAGGUGUGUAAAAUGCAAGUAGUGUGCCUUACACACCCACAAAAAGGUUUCUUUACAGGUACUCUGACUGCCUUCCUGUGUAGUGAGACACAAAGGAAACAUUCAGGGAGGUCAUAGCUGGGUGAGAGGCAAGUCCACAGUGCCCACCCAUGCUGCUGUGCAUGAAACUUCCCUGGGAGUAAUUGCUGUCUCAUCAGGUGUCCAGAACGUCCUCCUCUGGCAUGUUGACAUUUUCUUUUUACCAUGCCAUCUUUCCUCUCUCAUUUUCCUUUUUCUUCUAGUCUCAUUAGUUUUUUAUUAUUUCUUAUGUGCUAUGUCUUAAUUCCUUUGUGUUUUGUAAUUGUAUCAUACUUGUUAUUUUGUAUAUUAAACUGUUGAUUUUU